CCUACUUCCGGCUUGCAAGUUGCCGGCGGGCCAGUGCAGAUCGACGUGCAGGUGACGGGGUCCAUGUGUUCGCGUGGAGGCAUGUGUCCGAGAAGUCGCGGAGUGUGACCGGAGUGACCGCUAAGCGUAGAAGUAUGUCGAACCCUCUGCCGACCGAACUGCACGACCUGCAGGAGUUGCGGGACCACCCAGAGAAAGGGGGAUCUGUGUACAAGCAUUACCUGGCCGCCGCCGUCGACCUCGCCGCUGGCACCGCCGGCGGAGCGGCCACGGUGGCCGUUGGUCAGCCACUCGACACGGUCAAGGUGAAGAUGCAGAGCUUUCCGGAGCUUUACCCGGGCAGCGUGGGCUGCUUCAGCAAGACCUUCGCACAGGACGGGGUGCGAGGCUUGUAUGCGGGCACACUGCCGGCCCUGGUGGCCAACGUAGCGGAGAACUCUGUGCUUUUCUGCGCCUACGGCUUGUGCCAGAAGCUGGUGCAACGGGUGGCCCACGUGGGCCGGGUGCAGGAGUUGAGCCCCUUGCACAACGCAUGCGCCGGAUUCCUGGCGGCCUUCUUCUCCUCCCUGGCCCUGUGUCCGACGGAGCUGGUCAAGUGCCGGCUGCAGGCCCUCAGGGAGUCCGGCCAGGGGGCGGUCAGCAGCUGGCAGCUCUGCCGGGACAUCUACCGCCGCUCGGGGCCCAAGGGCUUCUUCAAGGGCUUUACGCCCACUGUGGCCCGGGAGAUGCCCGGAUACUUCUUCUUCUUCGGGGGCUACGAGGGGGCACGGCACUUUCUCACACCCCCGGGCAAGACGAAGGACGACAUCGGGGUUGGCCGCACUAUUGUGAGCGGAGGCAUCGGCGGCGUCUGCCUGUGGAUCUCUAUCUUCCCCGCAGACGUGGUCAAGUCGCGCAUCCAGAUCACGGGCUCCAAUGAGCCUGCCCUGUCCGUGGCCAGGCACAUCGUGCGCACAGAGGGGGUGCGCGCGCUGUACAACGGCCUGGGCCCGACGCUGCUGCGGACGUUCCCUUCGACGGGGGCCCUGUUCCUCGCUUACGAGUACACCCGCAGGGUCCUCAACAGGGCACUGGACAUCGAGGACUGACGGACCUGCGCCGUCCCGAGCGGAUGCCACAGCCAGUCGCCGCCCGGUCCUUUGUCGGGAAUGCCGAACUGACCCGGUUGCUAUUUUAAGGAAUUGUUGCUCACGAACCAACUAUGCUUUAGGAACGAUAAAUGAUACGCAAGUCCGAGGGGCGCACUUGAAAUGUGACUCUUCGUAUAUUGCACUGUCUUGUUUAUGUUUUAGGCUGUAAAAUAAAACAAUUGUUUCAAUAA